AUGGCUUCGUCCUCUUCGUCUCCUAUUUGGAAGUACGAUGUGUUCCUGAGUUUCCGGGGAGAAGACACCCGCAAGAAUAUCGUCAGCCAUUUGCACAAAGAGCUUGUCAACAGGGGAAUUGUUACCUUCAAGGAUGAUCAAAGGCUUGAGGUCGGCGACUCCAUUUCCGAAGAGCUAACCAGAGCCAUCCAAGACUCCAGAAUCGCUGUUGUUAUUCUAUCACAGAACUAUGCUACAUCUAGCUGGUGCCUGGACGAACUCGUAAUGAUAAUGAAUCUUCGCUUGAAGAAAGAGAUGAAAGUCGUCCCCGUUUUCUAUGGAGUUGAUCCUUCUCAUGUGAGACAUCAGACUGGGAGUUUCACGUUCGACAAGUACCAAGGCUCAGAAAUCGCUAACAAGGUCGUGAAAUGGAGAGAAGCGCUCUCGCGGAUCGCCAGCAUAGCAGGCAAGGAUUCUGCAACUUGUGAGAACGAGGCCAUCAUGAUUGAAGAGAUUGUGGAAGGCAUUUCAAACAAGUUGUUUGUUAUGCAGCCAGUAGAUUUCAGUGAUCUUGUUGGAAUGGACGAUCACAUGGAACGACUGAAUCCUCUGUUGAGUUUGGAAUCUGAGAAAGAGGUUCGGAUGAUAGGAAUCUGGGGAAUGGGAGGCAUUGGCAAAACCACCAUCGCCAGGUGUCUCUUUGACCUGUUUUCAAGGCCAUUUACAGCUCGUUGCUUUCUUGAAAACGUUUCGAAGAUUUGUAGAAAGCAUAGUGUCUCGUAUUUACGGGAAAAGUUUCUUUCGACCACACUUUGUCUCUCCAAGAACUCGGGCGUAGAACUUGGACCCCAGGAGAUUAAGGCGAGAUUUGGAAACCGCAAAGUCUUUGUUGUCCUUGAUAAUGUGGAUGACAUGAAACAGGUGCGUGCCCUGGCUAAAGAGUCUAGCUGGUUUGGUCCAGGCAGCCGAAUCAUCAUAACAACUCGGGACAAGGGCUUGCUUAAAUCAUGCGGAGUAAGAACUGUAUAUGAAGUUAAGUGCUUGGAUACUGAUGCUGCUCUUAAGAUAUUUAACCAGUUGGCUUUCGAAGGAGGGUUUCCUCCUGAUGAAAUUUAUGAAAAACUGUCAAUCCGAGCGGCGUGGCUUGCACAAGGUCUUCCGGCCGCUAUUGAAGCUUACGGUUUAUAUUUCCGAGGAAUGACAUCUUUGAAGGAGUGGGACGAUGCGUUAUGUAGAUUUAUGAGGACUCCUGAUGGAAAUGUCAA